AUAUAUAUUUAUUGAAAGUUCUUGACAAAAAUAGAGUUCAUUCAGCGUGCUGUUAUCUGCUCGUAGUUUUGUUGGUGAUAGCAAUUUGUGGAUUAAAAAUGCGUGUACCCUUCAAGUGGAUUUCAGAAAAUUAAAAAUGUUUACCAAUGUCAACUGCUACAUUGGUGUUAAAUAAGCAUGAAAUCUGAUUCAUCUUUGAGUGAAAUUAAAAACUCAUAUAAAAUUCCUAAGGUCGGUGAAGACGUGUUUCAAAUGUCAACUCCAAGCUAUAAUACUGAAUUGAAAGGCUCAAAUGGAAAUUUUGUUAUUCCACCACAAAAUCGUGAUUGCUCUUAUAAAAAAUUGAGGAUUAAAAAGUAGCAUCAAAAAAUAGAUUAAAAAACAUGAAUAAAGAUAAAAGUAUUGAACAUGUUAACGAACCAGGGAAGUCGAUAUCAAAGCAUAUACCGAACAUUGAUGAGCAUCACAGGGAGUUACGACGAUCAAGACGGUUCCCUGUAAAACCUCGUCGAUAUGAACCAGAAGAUCUUACUUCCUUUGUUAGAAACAAACAAAAGUUAAAGUCAGAAUACAUCAAAUCUACUCCAAAAACUAAAAGGAAAAAGGCGGGGCCAGUCAGCAAAGAUAAGCGAGACUGCUUUUUUUCUAAAACGGAGAGUGAUACAUCUAAGUUGACAUCGGCCCAGAAAAAAUGCCAACGAAAAGAAAAAGAUGAUGCCGUUAACCAGCAUGAAACUCAAUCAAAGAAAACCCAUUUGAUAAAAAAUUCCAAAUUAAAAAAGCCAAUUUUUAAAAUAACUAAUGAACAUAAAGAAAAUAACUUGAGCAUUGUAAAGCAAAUAGUUUAUCCUACUGCAGAGGAAAUAGAAGAAAAUGAGCGCAGAGAACGAGAACAGAUAAAAGUAAAUAGAAAAAUGAAAGCAAUGUUACAAAAUCUUGUACAAGUACCUGAAAAAGUCAAAAUAUUGUCACUCAAUAACAUGACAUCUGAUGAAAUUUUGAACACCCUUCCUAAAUACAAAAUUCAAUUAGAUAUUAUUUUCCGUGAAUUGCGCUCAAAGCCGAGAGUAGACGAUUAUAAAGGAAUCAACCACUAUUCGGUAAUUGAACUGAUCGAUCAUGAAAAACAGCUGAAGAUGAUGCACAAACUUGGUGAAGUUUAUGAGGCGGAACAAGAUGGAAUAUCUCAGUAUCCAACGCUAUUCGCUAAUGCGUUGAUGCCCGAAUGGCUGGUUCAUAUAUUCAAGGAUAAGUAUGAAUUUUCCCAUACUGAAGCCGUAUCCCAUUUGAACAAACAACGACAAUAUAUGCAAUAUUUGGGUGCAGACGAUUAUCACUGAGGACUAUAAGAGUUACUAUUGAUAUAUGGAUAAUUUGUAAGAUAAAAGAAAAUCCAAAUUUAUAUGAUUUUAACGGUAUGGGAAUUUUUUCAUCACUUUUAAAUAAUGUGCCAAUGUAAAAAAAUCCAUGCAAACCCUCUUUUCUAGACAAUAAAAUAUCAACAAUUCUUUAAGAACAAAAUAUUUUA